AUGCUCUGGACGGAACCUGCAGGUCAAAGCAAUCCAGGCAGAACUCGCAAUUCCACGCACUUCAGCACCGUCCUUUACGGCCAAACGGCUUUCAGUGAGAUACGCAGAUUCGUCGUUGUGCGAAAUAAGGGCGACUUCAGCCAGUGCAUUCCAAUCCAAACCUACAAAGGCCAAGGCGCCACCAAGCCAGGCCUCGUCAUGGACGAUCACGGUGUUAUCCACACCUCAUCCUUGGCCCCGAAUUUGCUACCAGGCGAAAAUCUGACGAAAUACUCAGUGCAGGUUCAGCCCUUCAAAGACGAACGGCUAGAGGCAGCAAGUCGCGUCAAUUACGGAAAGGCAUAUGCUGUUGAACACAACGUCAAAGUCCUCGAAGUUGGCAUGAUACUAGAAGGUCACAGGUACUUGAUUCAGCAAUAUUUCGACAGUGCAAUGCAGAGCUAG